AUGGCUGAGCAAGGCAAGGAUCAUUGGCAUUCUGGUGACUACCAGCACUCGGCAUCAUUCGUACCCAAGUUGGCGGGCAAGGUGACUCAAUGGCUUGAUUUACAAAAAGACGAUGUUGUACUAGAUAUUGGCUGCGGCGUCCUCGACGCAACCAAGAUGCAGAGCAAGCCCGAGCUGCAAAGAGCAACAUUCACCAAGGACUUUUCCAACGCCGCCAUGCAUUGGAUCCUGCGCCCCGCCGCCGCGCGCCAGCCCUUUUUCGCCGCCGUCCACGCCGCGCUGGCGCCCGGCGGCGUCUUCGCCUUUGAGAUGGGCGGCCUCGGCAACGUCAAGGAGAUGGCGGCCGCGCUGCUGGUGGCGUGCGCGCGGCGCGCGCCGGGCGGGCUCUCGGCCGUCGUCGACCAGCACUACCCGUGGUUCUUCCCCGACGAGGCGUGGGCGACGGCGGCGCUCGAGGGGGCCGGGUUCCGCGUAGACCGCGUGGAGCGCGAGUGGCGCCCGACGAAGGCGGAUAAGGGGGGCGUGGAGGGAUGGAUCAGGCUGUUUGGGAGCAUGAUUCUGGAGAGCGUGCCAGAGGGCGAGCAGCGGGAGGAUGCGGUGAGGGAGGCGGCGGAGGCGCUGCGGGUGGUGUGUGAUGAUGGGGACGGAGGGGAGAUGAUUUCGUAUGUUCGUCUGAGAGCGCUGGCGACCAAGGUAUGA